AUGUUGCAACUCUCCAGUCCGCCGCGCGAACCUGUGACUCCAUCGUUGCGUCCGAGUCAGCCGAAGCCGAAUUUUCAAGCUUACGGCGUCAACGGGCCCGGAGCAGCCUCAGCAUCCUUGCCACUUUGGCAAAGACUAUUGAUGUGCGGAUGUGUGGCCCGGUAUGCCCGGCACGGGGUGUCACGCUCUCGCGCAAUGAGAACUUGCAAUGCAGCUACAGCAGUGAACGAAGCAUUCGAGAUAUGCUCGCUUGAGGGGAAAGGCAAAGGGGUUGUCGCCAAGAGGAGGCUACAACAGGGAGAGUUGAUACUGCAGGAGCCGCCCUUGCUGAUACUGACACGCGACGAAUUGGGAAAAUUCGCAGAUGCAGACAUCGAAGAGCGCCUGGCAACCCUAUCCACGGAGGACCAGGAAUCUUUCUGGGAGUUGUUCGAUGCGCAGAUUAUCAAGGGCGAGGGUCGAGGCUCCGCCAAAAGUAGAGUGUUGACGAACAGUUAUCCAGUGGAAGAUGAAGCUGGACAAGAAGCUGUUGCCGUCUUCAACACCAUCGCCCGCUUCAACCACAGCUGCGUGCCAAACGCUCACAACAGCUGGGAUGCUGAAACUGGUGCUGAAACCAUUUAUGUUACUCGGGACAUCGAAGCUGGACAGGAGAUAUGCACGACCUAUCUGGACCUGAUUGCAAGAAGAGAAGACAGACAGGCAGAACUGUCCAAGCGAUUGAAGUUCAUGUGCACCUGCCAGGCAUGUAGCCUGAACGGGCAGCUCCUUGAGGAAAGCGAUGGGAAGCGGACACGCCUCCAUUCUUUGUGGGAACAGCUGGAGGCUUUUCCGAGCGGAAGCGCUGAUGGCCUAGAAGAGAUCGUUUCCGAGAUGAUCAAGCUCAUUGAUGAGGAGCUUUGCGGGCAUCCUGCUUACAAGUGUCGAGUGUUCUCGGCUGCAUUUGAAGUGGCCGCUACCGCCGAGAUGGUGGACCUUGCUGGUGAGAUGGCCGAAGCUGCUUUGGAGAAUGUCGUUUUGGCCGAGGGCCCGGAGUCCCCAAGAGCGGAGUCGUCUCAUCUCAGCCUUGCGCCGCGGAGAAGACGCGGCACCCGCGACGUUUGGGCGACCUUGGGCAGCCUCUUUUACUGCCGAGCCGUAGCCAUUCCGUUCCUACGCGAACUCGCGCCCGAUCUUCUGACCGCCGCUGAGAACGAAG